UAAAUAUAACAAUUUGUAAUUUAUUGUUUGACAUGAGUUCUGCUUUUGGGAUUCUACUGGUUAAAAACUGGAUUAUAUGCAUGCCCACACACACUUGGCAUUUUUCAACUUUUAUUCCAACUUUCAUUCCUCAUGGUUCUCCAUAACUUAAAAAUGCUACCAUUAAACUAUUUGUAUUAAAAGGUAAUGCAAAACUUUUUCUCUAGAAGUUAAUAAAAUGUUAUCCAUAUCUUUAGCAGCCAUAUAGUCUUAUUUUAAAUUGUUACCCUCCCUCCUGCUUCUCCACUAUAAUAUGGAAAUAAUAGAGUUCUGCUAACCUACAAAUGUUGAAUAAUUCAGAAUUUUAAAGUAAUGUCCACAUUAAUUUUCACAAUACAUAUUCAAAGAUGAGCACAAUAUAGAAGCUAACCCCCUCCCCACACAUACACUUGCAGCAAAUGGCAUAGUAAAUCAAGACUGUAUCAGCCUGGUCUAUAGAGAUCCAGAUUGAUCAUAACAAGUUGUAUUCAUUCUCAGCCUACGUUACUUGUUAGGAUUAUCCUGAGGUUAAAAUACACAGUUGUUGAGAAAGCUAUUAUGUUUAAAGUUCCUAAGAGAAGAGUAUGAAAAUAAAUUACAGCAAAAUCAGAUAUAAUAAAUAGACAAAAAUACGUGUAUAAACAUUAGUAAAUUGCAAUAUUGUAAAACUGAAUUAUUUUAAUUUCCAUUCUCUAGAUAGUGGGGAAGCAUUUUUGGUUGUUUUUUUCCAAAAAAGAUGGCCAUUAUUGUGGCCAAGUCAAAUCUUUUGAAUAGGUUUAAUAUCAGCUAAUAUUAUAAUUCUCAUUUAAUAGAAUUAAAGAAUAUUAUUUUCUGGAGUGUAAUCUAUGUAUAAGGGCCAUUAUAUAUCCAGCUUCAAAACAGGUAGGGUUAAAAUGUAGAAGGAACUUUGACUCAAUUUUAUGUACUUCAAAAAAGAAAAGAAAACAAAACUAAGUGGAUUACAAAACAAGCUAGAUCUUAGAUAAAAGUUAUCUAAGUUUCACAGGUGGAUUAUAUAGUGGAAGGUAGUGUGCUUUUUUCCCGAAUUUACUUAUAUGUGUUUACUUUUACUUUCUUUUUGGCAGCAUUUACAGCAAGGAAACAACACAACUCAACUGGUUUGGUGAUCAGACGACAUUGGAUUCCCAAGCUAAUUUUAAUUUUUUUCUUCUCUUUGUCAAUUGCUACUUGCCACUGAUACAGUGUCCCUCUUUUCCAAUACCAUGAAUGACUGUUGCCCUUUAAAUUCAUAAUAACGGGACUCAACAACUUGUUAAUUCCUAGGACAUGCAUCAUUGCAGCCUACAGCUUGGACCUCCUUUGUACAGUUGCCUGUAUCUUAGUUUGCUGAUCAGUUGCGGUGUUUGCCACAUUUCUUCAGAACAGCACUAAAGGAUCUGUGGAUGCAGCACUUGGCUAAUGCUGUCUGCCACAACAUGAUGAUCCAGGAAAAAGCAGUUGAGAAUGUUCUCUUCUGCUGCAUCCUUCUGUUUCCAUGGUAACAGGAAGAGGCUUUGAAAGCUGAGUUGGCAGUUGAGAAACCAGAUGGCUUCAAAUGAUGAAGACGCUAUCGCUUGGUACCAAAAAAAGAUUGGAGCUUAUGAUCAACAAAUAUGGGAAAAGUCCAUAGAACAGACUGAGAUGAAGGGCUUCAAAAGCAAACCCAGAAAGAAAGGCCACAUACAGCCUGACUUGAUAGAUGUUGAUUUAAUAAGAGGUUCUACAUUUGCCAAAGCUAAACCUGAAAUUCCUUGGACGUCACUUACAAGGAAGGGAAUUGUGCGAGUUAUAUUAUUCCCAUUUUUUAGUCAAUGGUGGAUACAAGUCACUUCUUGGCGUAUAUUUAUGUGGCUGUUAGUACUGUACCUCUUACAAGUUGUAGCAAUUACAUUAUAUUCCAUAAUGCCAAUAGUGAGUGCAAGUGAAAUCAUUGGACCAUUGUGCCUUAUGCUACUCAUGGGAACUGUGCACUGUCAGAUAGUUUCUACUCAGUUAUCUAAAUCUUCAGGAAGUGAUGGGAGCGGUGUUGGUCGAAGAAGGAGAAAAAUACGCAAAUUUGUAGGAGGUGACCUCUAUGCUUCCUCUGACAAAAUCAGCAGAAGUGAGGAGCCCUUGGAGUCCUCAUCCAGGAUUAGCAGCUUGUUUGAUUCAGUAUUGCGCCGAAGGAGCAGGGAAGGGGUGAAAAGGGGAAAACGAGUAGCUGAUAAAGGGACCGAAACAGAGCAUAGCAGUGGUAUAAAACAUAGGAUUUCCAGAUCUGAACACAGUUUUCAGCGAUCAAAGGAUCCUGAAAUGCAGUUAAACGUAGAUAGAAAACAGACUGUUUCUAGGCAUUCAGGCAUUUCUGAUGACUUGUCAAGUGAGGAAGAGACAGAUAAUGCGGGUCAGGUAGUUUUGCUGCGCAGAAGCGUAGAAGGUGGCCCUAGUAUAAUUGCAAAUGAAGAUCAGGGCAAAAAGUCUUCUCUUAUUUCUCCAUCUGCUUCAACAAAUCAGUCCGUAUCACAGGUCAAGGAGGUUGUGAAAUCUAUGCAAGAUUCGGACAGCUUGGUGGAAUCAGAACUUGAACUAACAAUUCCUCAAGAGGAGUCCAAAGCCCAAUAUAGUAGUGAAUCUCAAAGCGGUAGUGUCUCUCAUAGAGAUUCGGAGAGUACUCGUCAUGACUCUGAGACAGAAGAUAUGUUGUGGGAUGAUUUACUUCAUGGACCUGAAUACCGAUCCUCUUUCACCAGUGACAGUGAGGAAACCAAAGGAAAAGACAAGAAAGCAAGCAAACGAGAUCUGAAGGAUGAUGUUUUCCAGCAGAACCACUUGUUCUGGCUGCAGAAUACAAGUCCUGCCUCUACUAAAGUGAGUGCUCUCAUCUGGGAGGGGAAUGAGUGCAAGAAAGUAGACAUGUCUGUUUUGGAGAUCAGUGGAAUCAUCAUGAGCAGGGUCAAUGCUUUUCACCAAGGAUCUGGUUAUCAGUGGCUGGGCAAUAUUGUUACCAUUGGUUUAGCUUUCCUUCCUUUCCUCUAUCGACUCUUCCACUCGAAGACCUUUGAGCAGAUGUGGUCCUUGACUGCAAAAGAAGUUCUGCAUAUCUUUUGUGGGGGUCCUCCAUUCCCCCCUAUAAUCACCCUUGCAAUGAUCAUUUUCCUGGAGCGCCUCUGCCUCACCUGGAUGUUUUUCUUCAUGAUGUGUGUUGCUGAGAGGACUUACAAGCAGAGAUUUCUGGUUGCUAAACUAUUUAGCCACAUUACUUCUGCUCGGAAAGCAAGAAAAUACGAAAUCCCACAUUUCAGACUCAAGAAAGUAGAAAACAUUAAAAUCUGGUUAUCCCUUCGCUCCUACUUAAAGAGGCGAGGCCCUCAACGGUCUGUUGAUGUAGUUGUAUCCUCCAUAUUCUUACUGGCUCUUUCCAUUGCUUUCAUAUGCUGUGCACAGGUUUUAAAAGGUCAUAAGACAUUCUUGAGUGCUGCUUACAAUUGGGAAUUCCUCAUUUGGGAAACUGCCCUGCUCCUAUUCUUGUUGCGUUUGGCAUCCCUAGGCUCUGAAACCAACAAGAAAUAUAGUAAUAUUUCCAUUCUGCUUACUGAACAGAUAAACUUGUACUUAAAGAUGGAAAAGAAACCAAACAAGAAAGAGCAGCUCACGCUAGUAAAUAACGUCCUUAAACUCUCCACCAAACUCUUGAAGGAGUUAGAUACACCAUUUAGGCUAUACGGUUUGACAAUGAAUCCCUUGAUCUAUAAUAUUACACGAGUGGUGAUCCUAUCAGCAGUCUCUGGAGUUAUAAGUGAUUUGCUGGGCUUCAAUAUCAGAUUAUGGAAAAUCAAACCAUGAGAAAGAUGCUGCAGCCCCUGUUUUGGGCAGAAACAUCCUCUGCUGUGCUACAUAGGCUUGGCCUGGUCAUUGAAGGUGCUUUUCUAAUUAUGCCAGUCCUCACAUCAAUACAAAUGCUGUAUUUUUCAUAUAUUUUUUUAAGAACUUAGAAUUAAUCUUUCAUUGAGGUCACAGCUUGAAGAGAUGGUUAAAUAAAGCUUAAUAAAUAACUUAAUUCUAAUGUGCUCAUCUUAGUUGGUUAAACCAGCUGCUCCUAUGGAGCAAAGCAAUAUGAAAUUAGAUGUCUUGCAGCAAGGUUUAUUAAACGAAUAAAAAAAAAGCCAGCAUUAUUCUGGUCUGAAACUGCCUGUUAAACUCACUGUGACUAUAAGAUAAAUAUUGUUAUUUGGUACCUAAUAAUAAUUUAAUAUGGUGUUUGUUUCUGGCAAGUUCUCCUAUUUUCUGUAAGUUACAGUUGACCUACUUUUUACAUUUCAAAAUGCCUCUGAUAGUGUUUUUUCUUGAAUGAUAGUUGGGCCCACUUUUUCUUUGCUGUACUGGGAAAGAAUGGAAUUUAUUCCCACAAAAUACAAAUAGCCUCUUUAGUCAUUUUACAGCUCAGCUUUCCAUUGCUCAGUAACACAAAAUAGCAAUAACAGAAGAUGGCUAAGAGUAGAUCUGCCAUACACCAGAGGGAUUUAAUUUAAAGAUACUAUUAGAAUUCACCAAAUAAUGAUCUGAAUUAGCAAAGCAGUUUAUCUAUGAUAAAAUAAAAAUGUUGAUAUGCUAUCGAUGUUUUACACAAAGCAAUUGGAAACUCGUGUUUUUGCUGUGAUAAGUAAUAUUGUUAAUUGCUAACAAUUAGCACCUUGAUGACUGGGUUGGUUCUGAGAAAUUUUUACUGAAAAGGUUUGUUUAAAAGGUUUACAUUCCUUCCCCAAUUGUUAGAAUUGUGGAUAUAUAACAUUUCCCUUCUAUAUGUAUUCCAUCUUCCACCUCCACAAAUCAGUUUAUACAUAUGUUUUUUCUAUCUGUGUUAUGUUGCUAAGUUCUCAGAAUAAAAGUAUUAAUGGGCCUGUAAAAGGAGUUACCAAAGCUUGGCUGCUAUCAUUAGCAUUUAUGCAAUAGGUUUUCUUUUUCAAACAACUCUUUUUUUUUUCUGGAGGCAACACCUUUAGAAUAUUCUGUAUUAUAUAUAAAGCUAUUAUUGGCAUUUUUGUAAGCUGCUGAAGGAAGUUGUAUGAUUGUUACUAACAUUUAAUUUCAAAUACUAAGACAAAUAAAACAGAAGUCGAGAGAAGCCAGUGAUGGUUUGCUUUGGGU